AUGAGCCAAGCAGCCUCCACAUCCUCCGCCGCCACGGGUCAAGCCAUCCGGGUACCCGAGGGCUACCCCACCAACGUCUUUGACUCGCAGUAUUCGCAGUUCAAGACCAACGUGCGCGAGAACUCCAAGAGCCUGGGACCCAAGUCCCUGCGUUACGUCAAGGAGUUUUUCCCCGUCGCCGACUGGAUUCCUCGCUACAACCUCUCCUGGUUCACUGGCGAUCUGAUCGCUGCCAUCACUGUCACGGGCGUGAUCAUUCCCCAGGCUCUGGCUUAUGCCACCCUUGCUGGCGUCCCCGUCCAGUAUGGCCUGUACACCGGUCUUGCCGGCAUGUUCUUCUACUUCCUGUUCGCCACCUCCAAGGAUGUCACUAUCGGCGCCACUGCCGUGCUCUCCCAGCUCACUGGCCAGAUCAUCGCCUCUGUCAACUCUGACAACAAGUACUCGCCCAUUUCCAUCGCCAUCGCCAUCGCCUUCUUCCAGGGCAUCAUCGAGUUUGCCCUCGGUCUCUUCCGCCUCGGUAUCGUCGUUGAUUUCAUCCCCUCCUCGGUCAUCUCGGGCUUCACCACCGGUGCCGGUCUCACUGUCAUCAUCGGCCAGAUCCCCGGUCUCUUUGGCAUCCAGGGCGUCAACACCAACGACCCCUCGUCGCUCAACAUCCUGAUCAACACCAUCAAGAACGCCUCGACCCUCAGCAACCUCGACACGGCCUUUGGUGUCUCUGCCCUGGUCUUCCUGCUCCUCGUCAAGUACACCACCCAGAUCCUGGCCCGCCGCUACCCCAAGCUUGGCUGGCUCAAGUGGGUUGGUAUCACCCGCAACCUGGUCGCCCUGAUUGUCUUCACCGGCAUCAGCUACGCCAUCAGCAAGGACGCCAAGAACGGCAAGUACCCCAUCACCCUCGUCAAGACCGUCCCCGCUGGUCUCGCCGGCCUGGCCGUUCCCAACCUCACCGACGCUGGCCUCGUCUCGCGCGCUGCCCAAGGCCUUCCCGCCGUCAUUGUCGUUGCCAUCAUCGAGCACAUCUCUGUCGCCAAGUCCUUCGGCCGUGUCAAUGGCUACAAGAUCAGCCCCAACCAGGAACUCGUCGCCCUUGGUCUCGUCAACUUCCUCGGCAGCUUUGUUGGCGGCAUCCCCUCGACCGGCUCCUUCUCGCGCACUGCCAUCAAGUCUGCCUCGGGUGUCCGCAGUCCCUUUGCUGGCUUCAUCAGCUCGAUCCUCGUCCUGAUUGCCCUCUACACCAUCACCCCAGCCCUGUUCUGGAUCUCCAAGGCCUCGCUCUCGGCCCUGAUCAUUGCCGCCAUCACCGAGCUCUUUGCCCCUCCCGAGGUCAUCAAGCAGCUGUGGAACAUCCAGUUCACCGACUUCCUGUCCUUCUGGGUUGCCCUCUUUGUCACCGUCAUCUUCAACAUCGAGACCGGUAUCGAAGUGUCCAUCGGCUUUGCUCUCGUGGUCCUGCUGUACAGAAUCGCCCGCCCUCGUAUCCAGCCCCUCGUCCAGCAUGCCGGCAAGUGGUACUCGCCCGACCAGUCCCACGGCCUCGAGACCUCGCAGCCGCCCGCCGGCGUUCUUGUCUUUCGCCCCGAAGAGUCCCUGACCUACCCCAACUCUGGCUACAUCACCGAGAAGAUCCUCGAGAGCGCCAAGGAGCGCACCCGCUACGGCGGCGUUGUUACCAAGCACAGCAACGACAAGGUCUGGAGCGAUUCGACUGGCCUUGCCAAGAAGUCCAACCUCGAUGAAGACCUGCCCGUCCUCCGCUCGCUGGUCAUCGACCUGUCCUCGGUCAACUUUAUCGAUGCUACGGGCAUCCAGGCCCUGAUCGAUCUCCGCCACGAGCUCGACCGCUAUGCCGGCCACAACGUCGCCAUCCACUUCAGCCGCGUCAAGCCCGCCCUGGUCCGCCCCAUCAACUACUUCCUCCAGACGACCAACUCCAAGAAGGUCGUCGCUGCCGUUGGCAACACCUCGGGCGCUGCUGAUCCCGAGAGCUCCCAGGAGCAUCUGUGGGUCCCCCAGGACGCCACUCGCUUCAUCCACAAGAGCGUCGCCGAUGCUGUCAACGCCACCCUGGUCUAAGCUCGAUCGGACUCGAUCUCCUCUUUGCCAAGCACCAUGCGAUGACUGCUUGUGCUCUUUCUCUCUCACCCACACAUUGUAUCUAGCAUCACAGUCCUUCAGCACAAUUGCCGGUCUGCUGCACCAAAAAAUCUGAACCUGCCCAGCUCUCCUCUCCUUUUGUCUUCCCAUCUCCCUUGUAAAUACCGUCCAUCAAAGCGACUUCAUCUGCAUGGAACUCUUCCCGCCCUUCCCCUGCAUGAGCAAAUGUAUUUUUACGAUGCUUUGUAUGCGAAUCUGAAUGAACAAAGACUCUCAUCCUAUCAAACCAUAAGCUUGUCGGUGUUUCUUUCCUUGGGUUCCGGGACUGGGAUAUGGGAUAUGAGACUGCGAAGGCAGGAAGGGGGAAUGCGCCAUUGUGCUCUUGAAGCA